UGGUGGUUGACGGCAGCAGGCUACCCGGUGACGAGCGGUGCAUUGGGUUCAAUAGCGCUUUCGUUCGAAAUCUGCGGCAUUACGCAGGCUGCGUUGGAGUCAUAUACUACCGAUGGAGGAGCAGAUAUCCUGGGCAUCUCUGAUCCAGCAUGGGGAGUUGUUCUAAAAGCGUUCGCUAUCGUAUUUUCAAUCGGAGCUUGGCUGACGAUGGUAUACACCAUGGUAUCGCCUCGCAGCACCCCAAGAGGAUUCGUACCUGCUACAAUCAGCUGGUUUUCCUCGGCUGUAAUCCUUCUCAUCUAUAUAGGCGUUAUGGCACCUCGGGAAAAUAUCGGUCAUUCGAACCGAAGCAUCCAGUUUACACAGGGCUUCUUCUAUACUACCUUUGCAGCGGGCAUAUGUCUCUUGAUUGCGGUCUUUCUAUCCGUCUAUAUAUGCACUUCGUGGAAGCUGCAUCUCGAGAGGGAGGAUAGAUAUUCCAUCGAGAACCCAGUGCUAAUGGUACGAGUAAUGAUUUUCCAAGCCCACGUGCUGGCUGGAGCCGCCGUAUUUAGUGCAGUUGAAGGAUGGACGUUUAUGAACGCAGUAUACUGGGCGGACUACACGGUCCUUACUAUUGGAAUCGGGAACAUCGUUCCAAAGACUCACCUAGGACGAAGUCUUCUUUUUCCGUACGCGACUCUCGGGAUCAUAUUCCUUGGCCUGAUAAUUGGCGCGCUACAGUCCUAUAUCACUUCGCUAAGAACGAUCAAACUGAGGUUGAAAACACAGAAAGUUUACCUUCAAUAUAUACAGCAGCAUCAUCAUUCUCAUAGAAAUACCCCACAACCCUUUUUUACUGGAAGCCCAGGGACAUUUCCGCUCCCCAGGGAAGAAGACUUUAAGAGGUUACAUCACCUUCAAUCCCGAUAUACCUAUCGCACGCGGUGGCACAUCUUUCUCUUAUCUACCAUUACGCUGUUCUUCCUAUGGUUUCUUAGUGCAGCCAUCUUCCGCCGUUCCGAAGAAGGGGCGCAUUGGACAUAUUUCGAGGCGUUGUAUUUCACAUAUACUUCACUGACUACAAUUGGAUAUGGUGAUUUCUACCCUACAAGCAAUUUCGGGACUUCCUUUUUUGUCUUUUGGUCGCUGCUUGCAGUGCCUGUCCUUACGUUUUUAAUCAGUGAGAUGGGA